AUGUCUAAUGGCUCGAAUUGCGUCCUGACGUACAAACCCUACCAACCUGUUGAGCUCUUUCCCAACGGCACGUUUCUCAAUGCGACAUCUUGCUACCAUGCUGUCGACAGCAUCUCUACCCGUGGCUAUGUUGGCAUUGCUUUCGCCGUGGCCUAUGGGAUCACACUCGUGUUGACGAUUACCGCCUUGACCAAGCAUGGAAAGCAAUACCUCCCGAAAACGAAGCGAUUCUUCCCGAUCGGGCGGCGAUGGCAGUGGUAUUGGGCCUGCUUUGUAUGCGCGUGCGCUCUAAUCAGCCUCUUCAUAAAUGUCGAUGUCGACCGAUACCACGUCCAGGAACUUCCUAUCGUUAUCAUGUGCUUCUUCUGGUUUCUACUAUGCCAGGGCACCACGGCGCUGGUAUGGGAGUCAGUCAGACACUGGGGUAGCUGGCAAGAACGGCAGUUCGUUGACCCUAACCCAUUCGUUCUUCGCGAGGACGAUAGGCGAUCGAAAGUCGAAUUCUGGCUGCCCAUCUGGUUCUAUUUUUGGACCUGGCUCAACUUCUUCCUUGUGGUACCCAGAAACUGGUCAUUUGUCGAAAAGCAGCGGUCGCCAGACCAGACCGCCGCCAUUGCUAUUCCAUCGGCGCUCAGUGCACGCUUCAAGGCUGGGGCUUUCUGCCUCGUAAUCUCUUGGCUGACGAUUCUUUUCUCUCUUCGACACUCAAUUCUUCAUUACAAGCCGAGAAACCGCGGGCUUUUCAAUAAAUCUCUUGGGCUCAUUCAGUCUGUGCCGCUUCGAUUCAUGUGCACCAUUCCUCUGCUCGGAGCCCUGAUCACCUACCAGAUUUUUAUGUCAUUCAAUUGGGAGUUAUCCUUGCUGAGAUUCCAUGGUGUCGUUCCGGUUCAGUUUGGCUGGGGAUUUGGACCAUCGCUGGCCAUCAUGCUUAUUCAGAUCAUCUACGGAUGGAUCAACCCGAAUGAAGACAAGGACUUGAUUCGCCAACGUCGUGAGCGAGGCGAAGUCAUUGACCGCGAACUGGGUCUUGUGAAGAAGCCCGCGUGGUGGCGUCGUGUGAGGGGCGAGCACGAGGAAUUGUCGUUCCGAGAGCGUAUUCUGCGCAAUGUUAAGGAAGUUGGGGGUGAACGCGGCAUUGGCCGUAGAGAAGAAGAUGAGAUGGAACGGCAUAUCCGACAAGAAGCGCUUCGCAUGGCCGUUGACGAUGGCAUCGAGCUCCCUAGCAUGCCACGACGACAAUCCCAGAACCCUCGAGAAGACAGGGCUGGAGUACGAAAUAUCAUGAACAACCAAUCUAACUCGGAUACCACACCUCUGCCUCGAUGUGAGGGCAAGUCGCAGCGCAGACACAAUGAACGAGUCAUGCAGUCCGCUGCUGGAGUUUUGUUCCCCAACAGUGAGGUCGAUACCGCGCGAGCUCGCCGGGAGGCCGCGCUCUUCGAGGAAGGCCCGCCGCCUGCAUACACAGACCCGAACAGAGGACGCCAUUCGUCGGAGCGGCCAGAGUCUGCGCAGAGAGAAAACAGCACGUCGACGAUGAACUCCGUUUCCGCUCCACCGCAGCAAAUACGCAGCAUGCUGGAUGUCUAG